AAAACCCAAAACCCUCCCGGCGGCGGCGGCUACCAGCAGCACCACACGACCCACACCAUGAGGGCACCCAUGAGAGGAGGAGGAGGGCGCGGCGGCGGCAGGGGCUUCGGCGACAGCGGCGGCCGCGGGGGCCGUGGGCGCGGCUUCGGCGGGAGGAGCGACGGCGGCGGCCGCAGUGGCGGCCGGGGGUUCGGCGGCCGGAGCGCCGGCAGGGGCGGCCGCGGCGGCGGCAGGGGUGGGGGAAGGGGAGGUCCAGGCAUGAAGGGCGGGGCCAAGGUGGUCGUCGUGCCGCACAAGCACGACGGCGUCUUCAUCGCCAAGGCCAAGGAGGACGCGCUCUGCACCAAGAACAUGGUCGCCGGCGAGUCCGUCUACGGCGAGAAGAGAGUCUCCGUCCAGAACGAGGACGGAUCCAAGGUGGAGUACAGGGUGUGGAACCCCUUCAGGUCCAAGCUGGCUGCUGCUGUGCUCGGUGGUGUGGACAACAUCUGGAUUGCUCCUGGAACUCGUGUGCUGUACCUCGGAGCUGCCUCUGGAACAACCGUGUCUCAUGUGUCUGACAUUGUUGGACCGACUGGGUUGGUGUAUGCCGUUGAGUUCUCUCACCGGAGUGGUAGGGAUCUUGUCAACAUGGCCAAGAAGAGGACCAAUGUCAUCCCCAUCAUCGAGGAUGCUAGGCACCCUGCCAAAUACCGGAUGCUGGUCGGCAUGGUUGAUGUUAUCUUUUCAGAUGUUGCACAGCCUGACCAGGCUAGAAUCUUAGCCCUUAACGCAUCAUACUUCCUGAAGAAUGGUGGCCACUUUGUCAUUUCCAUCAAGGCGAACUGUAUCGAUUCCACCCAGGCGGCCGAGGCCGUGUUUGCCAGUGAAGUGGAGAAGCUCAAGGCCGACCAGUUCAAGCCCUCAGAGCAGGUGACCCUGGAGCCCUUUGAGCGCGACCAUGCUUGCGUCGUUGGUGGUUACAGGAUGCCCAAGAAGCAAAAGUGAAGUUUCUAGGAAGAAAGGAAGUGGCUGUGUUUCUCCAAUCUGUUUUGCUCUGAUGUACUAGUAGUGGUAGUAAUGUUACCCAAUGUAAGGGGUUGAGACAAUUCCUGCUGUUUUACAGCAGUUAUGUUGAACUUGAUUUGAGCAGGAAAUGGUUAUCAUUUACACUGAA